UUUCGUUCUUUUUUAACAAAUUCAAAAAGUCAAAAUCCAAUCAAACAGACAUAUUUCUAAAACCUCCAUAUUCUCUGCAACUUCUUCUUCUUCUUCAUCUUCAAUCUUCAACAAUUUCAUACACAAAUCUACAUACAGAAGUUGUUGAACAUGAACGAGAAAUCACGUGUCACUAAAGGCCUCGAUGAAAAACACCGAAAGAUACUCGAGGGGUUACUUAAAUUACCAGAGAAUCGGGAAUGUGCUGACUGCAAAAGCAAGGGUCCAAGAUGGGCUAGUGUGAAUCUUGGGAUUUUUAUAUGUCUGCAUUGUUCUGGUGUUCAUAGAAGUCUUGGUGUACACAUAUCAAAGGUGAGAUCGGCUACGCUCGAUACAUGGCUACCAGAUCAGAUUGCAUCUAUGCAAGUCGUGGGAAAUAAAAAAUCGAAUCAAUAUUGGGAAGCUUUGUUGCCUCUUAAAUAUGAUAGAGUCGGGAUUGAAAACUUCAUCCGUGCAAAGUAUGUAGACAAAAGAUGGGUUUCCCGAGAGCGAAAAGUUGAAUCUCAUUCGAGUACAACUCGUCAACAGCAUGUCCCGGUUCAUCAACACGGGCCCACGGUCACUGCGGUCAGUACCUCGACUAGGGUCAUCGUUCAUUUGCCCGAGGAAAAACAAAGCCCUCAACUUUACAACGUGAACACAAUUACACCUUCUCUUCCUCCAAGAGUUCUUGAGCAGCAGGUCAUUGUUCAGCCAAAACAAAUCGAACCCGAAUCAAAAACAGUGGAACAUAAAGUUGUACAGGUCAUUGUUCAGCCAAAACAAAUUGAACGCGAAGCAAAAACAGUGGAAAAUAAAGUUGUUGAGAUCGAAUCGGAUAGGAAGGUUGAUGACUAUCAUGCCACUUAUCUAUUUGAUCUUCCACAAGCAAGAAACCAAACAUCCGGUCCAAUGUUACCAGCAGUGGCAGAAGACAAAAACUCAAAUAACAAAAAACAAACGAAAUCUGAAUUUGAGGAUCUAUUUGACGGAUUAGAUUGGGUGACUCCAUCACUCGCCCAACAACCAUGUAAACAAGACAUCAAGAGUCUUCCCGAAAAGCCAACUAUGGUGCCACCAUCUUCCGUCCAGCGACAACUAAUAGUUCAUACUCAACCGCAACCUAAGCUCACGGGUAAUCAUCAAAAUGGCGUGAACGGGUUCGGGUUCGGGUUUGGGUUCCAACGACCUAUUGGGAAUCCCGGAUUAUACACACCAUCAAGCAUGUAUGGUGCAAGUCAGGUUGCCACGAGCAUGAAACCUAUUGGGACAAGUAGACCGUCGAAGGGACCUUUAAGCCUCCCGACUCAGUUAGGAGGCGAAUAUGACUUCUCGUCGUUAACGCAGGGGAUGUUUACCAAGCGGUAAACUACCCUUCUUUAACGACGAUAUUCAUUUAGAAGUAGAAGUUUAUAGUAAUUUUUUUUUUUAAUUUAAAUAAUAGUAUUGGAGUUUUAUAGUUGAACCGGUUUAGCUCUUUUUUUUGCUAUCAUUUAAAUUUGCCAUUUAUUUGUGUUGCUACAAGCGAAAUAAUAAAAAUAUAUCCUAUUUUAUUAAA